AUGGUACAGGACAAAGGUUUCUAUGCAUGGAGCGAGAAGAGCAUUGAAGAUGAAGACAUCUCCCAAGAGAGUCACACAACGCUGCUUGAGCAGCGCUUGCCAAAAAAACAGCUCCUGACAGAGUGGCUUCGACCAGCGUGGCUGCUUGGUCCGAUUGCAUUGGCAGUCUGCAUCUACGGACCAAAGGUCACGCACGCAUCCUUGCUGUUCACAGUUUUUGUAGCCGUUGCCCUGCCCGGAAAGCGAAGUCUUUCUUAUACUAGACUGGGACUGACAGAUGCUCAUCCUUAUCUUUGGCAUGGACACCUUGCUAGAAACUUUCGGUGGCACUUGCAACGAUGGCGACUCUACGUGAAGUGGACGGCUGAUCGUGUCGAUCAAGAUUUGCACUGUGCUUGGCGCAGUAUGCUCCCAUUGUCACCUAGACAAGCCCUCGCCCGAGCCGUCCGGGGAGAAAGCCGCAGCCUGCUCGGCUACCACACCGCAGCAUCUGCCGGCUUCCUGCUUCCACCGGAGGUGGUUGCAUGUAGCCAUCUCCCUGAGCCCGGCCUUCGAGCUCACACAGUCCGCCUUCUCAAAGAACAGUGGGAAAGCGAAGCCCGACAGCUGGCACCUAUCCCGGAACUGAGUGAAAGAAGCCAGAAGGGUACUUGGAGGAGCCUUGCAUGCAUCGCGCUAGGGGUCUGGGAAUGA